UCUGAGCCCCCCCCCCCUUUUUUCAUUAGUUCCGCACUCACUCUGGAAGCAUGGCUUCCGGUAGGGCAGUAGUGGCAUGCCGAAGAGCUUCAACUAUAUUCCAGAAGGCUAUCACCUGUCGCCCAUUCAGCAUUAGACCAGUUCUUUCACUGUUGCAAAACCAUCCCACAAGUUCAUCCUACCAUUUCCCACGGGGUCUAAGCACGAUCGAUACACAACCAACACAGGGGACAGAGGGAGGUGGAGGAGGCGGGGAAGAUGAACUCUUCAGUAAAGUCAUUGUAGAGGUCAAAGGUCAUGACCCCAAGGUGCUGGACAGUUACUACUGGUAUCUAAAGCAGACGGCUUUCCAUUUAGACCUCGGUCCGCAUGAUACCUAUGUACAAAAGAAACCGGUCAUUGACAAGUUGACCCUGAACAAGUCGGUGCACAUCUACAAGAAGCACAGAGUUCAGUACGAGGCUCGGACACACUAUAGAACAAUUAUUUAUUAUUAUUUAACUGGGUCAACAGCCUCAACAUUUCUUGAGUACAUUCAGAGAAACUUACCGGAGGGUGUGGCCAUGAAAGUCACCAAGUAUAAAAUGGAAAGGUUACCAGAACACUUACAAAAAGACACUGUAUUCAGUUUGGAUGAAAAAGAAAAGGCAGACUAUAUAUUAACCGGAAAAAUUGAAGAUGACCUGAAGCAUCCUGAAAAACUUAAUAUUCCUAAUAUGCAGAAAAGGGAAAUUGCAAACAAACUUUUAAAUUCACUAUUAGACAGUAAAUUUGAAAAGACUAAACCAAAUUCAGUACAAGAUAAGUCAGAGAGUUUAGUAGUUGCAUCUCACCAAAAGCAUACAGAAGUAAUAUCACAUGAACCAGAACACAAAGAGAUGAUAUCUUCAGAACCGGAACAUAAAGAGGUGAUAUCUUCAGAACCAGAACAUACUGAGGUCAUCUCUUCAGAGCCGGAACAUACUGAGGUGAUAUCCUCAGAACCAGCACAUACUGAGGUGAUAUCUUCAGAGCCGGAACAUACUGAGGUGAUAUCCUCAGAACCAGAACAUAAAGAUAUUAUCUCAUCUAAACAAGACGAAAAUGUAAUAAAACAGCAGUCAAAGCAAGCUGCCUCAGAAGAGGACACUUCGUCUUCUGACAGUGAUAGUUCUGACAGUGACAGCGAUAGUGACAGUGACAAGGAUGAGAAUAAGAAAACUGACAAGGAAAAAGAACCUGAGGAAAAUCCAGGAAACGAAAAAGACAGUGAUGUUGAUGCAGACACUGAAGUAAAACCCCCAAAAGAAAAGUAAUUGUGAGUGCUUGAAUACUUGGUCCUGAAUGUUAUAUUUACCUGGAAUUUGUUGAAUGCAAUUAUGACAGAAAAAAUGAAUAAAAAUAUUAUAGAUAUGCUA